AUGGGGACUAUCAUCAAACAAAAAUCUAUUAUAAUUAAAUGUUCAAAUCCAUCGAAUACUAUUGAAUCAAUCACGUGCAUGGCGGUUGAAUCAACUGCAAAACAUUAUCCUGUUAGUAUGAUUUGGGUUUAUUCAAAUUUAUCAAAAGAUGAUUUUAUGCCAUCUGAUCAAUUACAAACUACUCUAUCGGAUACUCUCAAUUAUUUUUCAAUACUGGCUGGUCGUGCUACAGAAAAUACAAAAGGCAAUGUUAUCAUGCAUUUAACAAAUGAAGGUGUUCUUUACACUGAAGCAGAAUGUCCGAAUAAUACUUUAGAUUAUUUUAUACCGCGAACAUCUUCAGAUGAAAAUUUCGAUUAUGAACAUAUCAAUACAAGUGAUUUAGCUGUAACAUUAAAAACCGGUCGUACAGAACCUUGUGUAUCGAUACAAGUGACGCAUGCACAAAGUAUGUCACAUUUCGUCAAUACAUGGGCUUCAGGAAAACCACCACAAGCAAUGCCGAUGUUCGAUAAAACAUUUGUUUUACAUUCUACUGAACGAAAAAAUUCUUUAGCUCGACCACAAGAUACACAAGAACAACAACGUACAAUUUGCAAAAUUUAUUUUUUCUCUGUUGAUGAAUUAAAAGAUCUUAAACAAGAAGCUUCUAAAGACUUAUCACAAGAUUACAUUAGUACUUAUGAUGCACUUUUUCCUCAUAUGAUUUUAGUAAUUGCUGCAGCUACUCAAACUUCAUUAACUAGUGAAAUCAAAAUUCUGCAAUCAUUAAAUGGUCGAUCGAGAUUUGUUUCUUGUUGUUCAUCGGCUGCAGAGAUGGGCAGCUCCGAGCAUUUCGCGCUCCAGCUCCGCUCCAGCUCCGCUCCAGCUCCGCUCCGCUCCGACUCCGCUCCGGCUCCACUGAGAAGAAAAUAUUUUUUUAUUUGUCCUCCAACUUAA